AUGUCGGAGGACAAGAUCCUCUUUAGAAUCGAAUUAACGGUUAACUCGAAAAUUCAUUUCAAUCACGGAGAUCUAUCAAAUCCCCGUGGGCUGCAAGGACGAUUGAAAUCCGAGCGUUUGUGGUGCGAGUUGGCGAAAUUAUUGAACUGUAUUGACGGAGGAGUAAAUAAACCGACAGAAAAAUGGAAAAAGGUUUGGGCAGAUUGGAAGUCCAAAACAAAAAAAAAGGCCUCAGUAAUAAGGCGUCGAGCAAGUGGUACUGGUGGUGGGUCGAGUAGUCGUCAAACCCUCACCACAUUUGAGGAGAGGGUGUUGGCUACCAUGGGAAAAUUAGCUGUGGAGGAACAGCCAAGCAUUCAAGAACAAGGGUUUGCUGGGCCAUCACAACUCCUUUCAUCAAAGGUCAAGCAUAAAAAAGACAGAAUUUACUUUAAAAUUGCAACAUAUGAUGAAGCUGAGGCGACACCACCACUCACACGUACAACUCCGCCAUCUACUAGCCGGCAGCCAGCUCAAGCGUCUACCAGGUCGAGGGUGCAACAAGCUGCUCAGCCUGCACCUUCUACGACCAGUAGACAACCGUUACCAUCGGCUCUGCAGUGUGAGGUGACGGCUUCCCCCACGCGCUCAGUAUUAAGGGCGCGCAGGAGACGGACACUGACGCCAUUCGAUAGAGCGAUGAGGAAGUUCGUUGCCGUCGAACAACAACGUCUUCGGGUAGAGGAGAGGCGGGACAGGCAGCUCCAUGAGCGGGAGACCCAGAGGAUAGAGGUUGACCACGAGCGUAAUCAAAUAUUACGCUCGUUCGCAGACAUUGCACAAGCCUGCUUAGACCACUUCCGCAGUAGGCACAAUGCGGAGCAU